AUGCAGGUUGAAAGUCGGGUUGAGCUACCAGAUGGACACCUGGUCAACCUGUCUUCGCGAUACCAGCACGAUGCCGAACAAAGUCAACCACGCUAUCAAGCAUAUCGUGUCGAUUACAACGUGAAUGAACUAUCGGCGAGCCCUGUUGCCCAAGUUCCCGGCGGUGCAAAGCCAUUCGAGCUUGGUGAACGAACCCCGCCCAAUGACGGACUUUAUAGAGCGAAAGCCACCAAGCUUCCGAUUUCCAAAACAGCUCGUGACGUGACUCGUGAAAAGCGCAAUGAAACUUCGAGCCCGACCGGCAUCCCCAAGCCAUCCUCGAGAACAUUUUCCUCUGGAGGAUCUAGCAGGGAAUCUUCAGGACGCGGGCAGUACUGGUCUAAAAUCCGCGACAAGGUCGACAGGACCUCUCCGCUGGUCCAGCGGGUGUCAUAUGUUCGAUCGAGAGAAAGUGAUCACAAGAAAUCUCCAAGAUACCGGAACUAUCGAACAUGCAGCGGUACUUCGCAGAGUAACUCGGUCUCCGGGCGUGAAAAAAGCCCCGACUCGAGUGUAUUACGCCCCAGUCCCUACGGUCUGUGUAGUGAUCAGAGCAUUCAUCAGGUCAUAGCACAAUCCGCGAAUUGGACAGAGCCAAGGACUACGGAAGAUUCAUGGAUUGCAGCAGGGCUGAAAGACUCGAACCUGCACAAACUUAGUUCGACAGACAGCACCAGCGACAUCAGUCCUGAUUCAAACAACCCUAUCUCCCCAGUGUCCGACGAUGACCACUCGGCGGACUGGGAGGAUCGCUUUGUGGUUCACAUGCCAAGCGCAAAAGAGCCAAAUCCACCCACGAUGACUGCGCAGGAAAUCGCCGAGUACCAGAAACGCAUCGAACGAGAGCAUCGCGAAGGUCGACGUGUAGUCGGCGAAGUUGCCGCUAUCAACCCACAGCAAAACCCGCCAUCGAAUGCAGAUUCAAGCUCUGCACCCAAAGACGAACUCAUGCGUGCUUUCGUGGCAUAUGACGGCGGCUCCGCGCCGCUGGAUUUGCACGUCACGCAGUCGCAGUCGCAGUCGCUUCCAAAACAAGAACAGCAACCCAGUCCAGCCCAGCCACCUCCUGGGUCCACGUACCAGGAUUACUUCAGUCCUGACGAAGUUGGCAAUCACAGAAUCAGCACAAUCUGGGAAGAAUCUCCAUCGAAAGUGUGGAAAGGCAAGACCACACCACCUGCGGAUGGCUCUUUUUUAGGCUGCAAAGAGAUCAAUGGGGACGGGACCAAAAACCCAGACGAGAUUCUCCUGUUCGGGUCUGGGGAGAACUCGGCCAAUCUUCAUCCCCGUCCUUUGGCAAUCAAGUCAAAGAAAAAGCAGGUAGACGAGGGGAAGACCUCAAAUGGAGCACCAAUCUCCGGCAAGUCUCAGGACAAGAGCACGGCUGCCGAAGGACGGACAGAUGCUUCUCAGAAUUUGAGGCGUCUCCCAUGCUCGAAGUCGUCAGUGCUGACAAUGUGCCGCGAUACUCAAACGCAACGAGACUUACCACGGAGGGCUUCUCAGAGCUCGAAGAAAGAGAGCCCUCGAUCAUGGGACAGCGCGAAGCGUUCAGCAGAGAAGCUCGAGGAUACUCCGGGGGACGACGAUGUGUUCAUUAUCACACCCAUUAUGACACGCACUAUGAUUCCGGUCCCAGGGAAAAGGGAUAUCCAGAAAAGGCCGUCGGCGCCGAAGCCUCACGGGCUCCGACGUCCAGGCGACGUUGGCCAUUCAAUUCCCUGCGAGGCAGUGAGGGCCGUAAGAGCGGUGCCCCAGGUCGUCUCUACCCAUUCAGUGCCUCGACCUACCGCAGGAAAGUUACAAUCCAGCUCGACCAUGCACUCCGUCGAGUCAUCGGACUCCACACAAAGCCACGCCACUGCCCGGACUCAGAAGUCUCAUCCUCUUGGAUCGGAUCCGGAAGAAACAAUUCCAUCGGUGGAGAAGAAAGCCAAAUUCCACAGGGAGAUCAAGUUUAUCAGGAGCAUGCCUCUUCUGAAAUCACCGACAGGCCAAGGGGGGAACGGAGAAGAAUCCGGCACGACACCAAGCUCUAUCCGUGGAUUCAUCCGUACCACCGGGCUAGCAAGGCCAGGGGGACUCGCAAAGUCACCUACAGACCAUCUGGCCGAUAUUCUUCGUAACGGCACAGAGUCUAUUCGCAGCCGCGCUGAGAUUCUGCGCAAGGGUCGGAAAGAGUCGCCCGUGUCUGUUCCUAGCCGAGAAAAUUCCGAGUCAUCUCAUUCCAAAAUGUCUUUUGCAUCGGCGAACGACUCAUCCGAAGUACUCUCGCCACCUUCCCCAUGGUCCUCUCCUAAGAAAAUCUCUCCGACGGUCCGGGUUCUCUUUGCAGACAGCCAGCCAGAGGAACGGAGACCGUCUCACGAGAUGUCUUCUCCUAGGCCAACUGUGAAAGAACCUGUCCUUAGCGAGACCUCUGGGCCUACUGUGCAAAUACCACUGGUUGUGGAUGAACCUAAAGCUACCAUCCAUGAUUUGAAACCUGCAAUUCAUGAUGCCAAUUCCUCGGUGGAGGUCACCAAGUCAGCCACAGAGGAGCCAAAGCCUGGAAAGUUGACUCGAGCCCAGCGCUUGGAAAAGUUCAAAGAGGAAGCUCGAAUCCGCCGCGCAGCUAGGAUGGCGAAAGAAAACAUGAUGACGAAUGAGAAAAAGGCCGACGUCGCUGGACUCGCAGAGUUAGACGGUCGCCAAGUUACUGGUCGUAAGAACAAACUCCAAUCCAAUAUCACGGAUGUGCAAGACGUCUGUGAAGAUUUGCAUGAGCUGAACGCGAGAGACAAGGACGAUUAUUCGAGAGAUACACUCCAACCGUUCAUGCUGACGAUGAUUUUCGAGAUUGUUGUUGUCGCUGUCACCUCCGUCCAUCGAUUCGGCCUGCAAGCUAUCACUAGCCCAUCCGUCAAAUUCGUUGCGGUCAACCUCGCAGGCAUGCUUUGUCACUGCUAUCGAGUUUCGGUCCAGAUCUACCACGCCGCUUCGCAAUAUCAAGUCUCUGGCACGUGGCCAGACAUGUCGGACGAUCAAGCCGUUCGGCGCUUCUUUGUCAAUCUUCUUCAAGCCAUUGUUUACUUGUUUGUCCUUGGGCUCAGUGCCUUGGUGGUUUACCGUGCUGUAGGCUAUUGUUAUUUGGUGGUGAGUUGGUUUCUCUGGUUGACUAGCCCAUUUGCGUGGUUACUUCACUGUACCACUCGUGCUCUCAUUAUGUAA